GCCAGCGAGCCUGUCUGUCGUUCGUUCGUCGAGUUCGAUGAUCGACGAAAGCCGCAUAGCGGAAGUUUUCAUAAAAAAUAACUUAAAACAUUUCGAACGAUGUAUCAAAUUUGAUAGUCGAGAGACUGCGCUCUCGGUCAAGUGCUCGAAUAGAUGAAAUUAAGUGCGCUCACGAAAGUGUUUAGUGACAAUAAAAUGCCUUUUGUUAACAUUAAGAAGCAAUAUUUAGCUGUCGGGAUGUUAAUCUUUAUAGUAUUCUUUGUCUUCAAUACUAGGCCUGUUUUUCAGUGCCAAUUUACUACAGAAGUUAACUCGCUUUUGCCGACGAUAUAUGGGAUUACUCCGACGUAUAAAAGGUUGGCUCAGAAGGCUGACCUCACGAGAUUAUCACAAACUCUUAUGCAUGUGAAGAAUUUCCAUUGGAUUGUCAUUGAAGAUGCUGAAACUAAGACGGAGCUUGUAAAAAAUCUGCUAAAGGAAUCAAAUUUGAAAUAUACACAUCUUCAUGUUAAAACACAUCGAGCAAAACAUUCAACGGUAAUGGAUAUCAAUAUCUGUCUGUAUAGAACAUCAAACGCCAACCAAAGUUGGUAUUGUGCAAGCGGGGUGGAACAGAGGAAUCUCGCCUUAGACUGGCUCAGAAAACAUUUGCAGCAAGCUACGGACAAAAGAGGCAUUGUAUAUUUCAUGGAUGAUGACAAUACCUAUUCUCUGAAAGUGUUUGACGAGAUGCGAAAAAUAAAUAAAGUAGGGGCGUGGCCUGUGGGGCUGGUUGGUGGGAUGCGGGUGGAGAUGCCGCUUGUGGGGGAGACGGGGAAGAUCAAGGGGUUCAAUGCGGUGUGGAAGCCGUUCCGGCCUUUCCCUAUCGACAUGGCGGGAUUCGCCAUCAAUGCCACUCUCUUCCUUGACUUUCCAGACGCUAAGUUUUCCAGAAAAGUGCAGUCAGGAUUUCAGGAGAGUGAGAUCCUGAAAUACUUCACCACGCAGACAGAGAUGGAGCCUCUAGCAGACAACUGCACAAAAGUGUAUGUAUGGCACACACGUACACAGAGAACACAGAUACUCAAUCCGAAGAAGCUCGCGCACCCUCCAGUAGACGACAGUCACAUCGAGGUAUGAACUAGAGUUGCCAUAUAGGUCGAUGAAUUUGGGUAUACACCACAUAUUAUGUAUGUCUGUGUUUGCUCCAAUCCUGGCAAACUCCUCUUGUUUCUCUCGGGCAUACACCUUGUUUUGUUGUACUUCCCUCGUAUAAACAAAGUACGCUCGUAACGGAAUAUUAAAUGUGCAAUUUAAUGUUAAUAUUGGGAACGGGAAUCGGGUAUUAGUCUGGUAAAUACAUAAAUCUGGGGGUAAAUGGUACCACAUUCAUGGUAUAAUAAAACAAAGUAUGCUCAAUCAUAUACAAAGCCGCCAUUGUUCGUUUGAUGACGUAAGUGUUACAUGAGUGUUACCAUUGAAUUGGGAUCUCCAACUUAAUGAAAAUUAAGCGAAUUACUGACUAACGUACUUAAUUACUAUCACUUGAUUAAAUAAAAAACAUUAAAGUUAUAAGCAAAUCUUUUACUAAGUUAACAAUUGAAUUGCAAAGUAAAUUAAAAACAUUAGUCGUAGGUAGUUUAUUUUUUACAAAAUGGCAACAACGGAAGGUGAGAUGACGUCAGCGCGGCGAACUUUGAAAUGUUAACUGUCGCUUUUGAGCAUACCUUGUUUUGUUGUACCACAGCCACAUUGAAGCAAUUCAUAAAUAAAACAAUAAUUCUAUUUGACAUUUGUCGACAUUGCGCACUUACUUGCAAAUUGCAAUAUUGCUUCAAUGUGGCUUUUUAGGCCUCCAGUAAGUGCCGUAACAUAAGUUUCCAGGCGGGCACUAUAAAGUAAGGACGCGUGGUUAUUUAUGUCUGGGUACUGCCUAAUUUAUAGUCCAAAAAACGUAACUUGAUUAAAAUUACAUAUUUUGUCUCUUUCGUACUAGGCCAUCUACUGUAUCUCUGUCCUGCUGUCAUUCUAACCAUGUUACGUUUCUUGGGCCAUGAUAAAUAAAUACUUCUUCGUUGAAGAUUGUAUCAAGAUUGGUUCAAGAUAAGGUAUAUUCAAAUCAAAGGGAAAUUGAAAUUGAUGAAGUUUCGUAGACUGCCUUGAGAUAUAAAUUGUUUUUUUUUUUAAUCAUUUAAAUUAUCGUUACGGUUAUCGUUAGUGAUAGUUUAGGCCCGUUUGACCGACACAAACACAAGUUACUUUAUUAUCGGAAUUCAAUAAUAAAAUCUGUAAAAGUUAGAAGUCAAAACUAAUCGCAUUAUGCAUGUAUACUUAUACUUAUAUAUUGCAUUUGCGAUAACCGUAUCAAACAGUUAUUUUUUUUAUAUUGUAAAGGACUGUACACGCUUUCCGGAUAGCGGCAAUGCGACUUUACUAAAAAUUUAGACUGCACUGUAUACCUAACAUAAAUAUUGAUGUCAUGAUGUCCCUAGCGUAGUCCCGUUUCUCACAUGGUCCGCUUACCUAACCUGAAGUUUCGCAGCGACUGCCUGUCUGCCUUUCCAACCCGCGAAGGAAAAACCGGAUUAUUAGGUUAGGUCACAUACCGAAAAACAUUUCUCGGAAAUGUGGAUUUCUACUGGAUGUUUUUCUUCACCGCUGAGCACGGGAUGCAUCUAUAAUGUAUAUAUAUUACCAGGUGUAAUGUCAUGUUUUAUGUUUAUGUAAUGUGUCUGCGCAUUCAAAGUCCGCGUAUCACCCGCGGAUAUACUUAAUAAUUGUACUUUCCAUCAUAAUAUGGCCUGAUUCGCGCCGCGCAAGUUCUACGCAGCGCAGCGGUUAUAUAAACUUGCAAUAAUUAUAAUAGUUUUCGGAAAACUAAAUUGAUAAGGUAUUUUUUUUUUACAUUAUUUAACAUUGAAUCACGUAUCGAUUGAUUUGAAUAAUACCACGUAAAGAACGUCAACCCUCCGCUCCCCGCCAGCAGCUGAGAUAGGUUUACCUCGCCCCUCGGUCUUACUUUAGUCUUCAAUCGUGUGGGCGUCAGACGUCACACACACAGAUGCACGUAUACGAUAACGUACAUGUGUAGUGCUUGUGUAAAACGAGGUUUUUUGUAUGAAGUGUCUGCGCUGUGUAUAAAGUGCGUGAACAUUUAAACUAUGAUAGUUUUGCCGCUAGACCGGAAAUGCGCGCGCACCCUGUGCAGUAGUUUCAAUAAUUAUCAGGUCUACAUAAUACAUUACCUAGAUUCUUAAGAUUAUACGAUUAAGUGCAAUUAUCAAUAAAUCUUAUAUUGAAGGUACUUUAAUAGGGUGACUCUUCAAUGGGGGACUUUCGACGUUCCCAAAAAAAUAUAGAUGGCGUUGUUGCCUUCGUUUAACGUUCUAGUUUCAUAGAUAACAGAUAUAUCCAUAUUUUUAUCUUUGUUUUGGGUAUGAAUGACUAUAGGGGUAAAAGGGCUUGUUAUUACAAUUUACACCCAAGCACAUCACAUCAUUCUGAUUAAAAUAAAUAGAAGCAAUAUAGAUAACAACAUAAUUAUAUACAAAACUGAUUCUAAUAUCAAGCACAUUUAUUUCUAUAUAUACCGCUGCCUUUAGAGUAUAUUCUUGAAUAAUUAUGUACCCAUGAUAAAAAAGGCAAUUUUCCCGUUAAAGGUAUAUAGCGCCAUCUACUAUUUUUUUAUGUAAAAACGCGAGCUGGAAAGUCGCUCAAUGCUAUGAUAUGUAUGUACACAUACCUAAUUGUAUCGUCAUUCUACUGUGUAAAAUGAUGAAACGUCAAAUUGACUUUAUGGUAUCAAGCAAUCAAAGGUCGACUUAAGAUUGGUCAAUGACUAACAAUUUCAGAAUUGUAGUAAUUUAUAGACUGGUAUCUAUAUCAAUAAAUUACGAACGCACUAAAAAAAUACAUGGCCUAGUAAAAAUAUUUUCUAUAGAUCUAUAUUUAUUAAGAACUGCUUUUCUUAGUGUUACUGACAAAAACAAGGUUUUCAGUUUGCUACUAAAAUAACAAAACCUUGACCAAGUGAACGUGACCAAUAAAAUCUUUUUUAUUAUAAUUAAUUGGCAACAUUCCAGUCAUCCAAUCAGAAAGCAUCACCUUUAAUGAUGUUGCCUUUAUAAAGUUUAAAAAGCGCACAGUGCAUAGUUCCUAUACGUUUAUCCGUAUAUAGAACAAGAAUGUCAUCAAUUCAUCGUUAAUGCUGCUUGGAAUGUCAACAGUUUUUUCAAACAUAUGUAAAAAAAUGUUAAGUAUUAAUAUUGGAAAUCAUUUACCUAUUUUUUCAACAGAAAUUAAUUCAUCUUGCUUAUUAUUUUACCAUUAUGUUUUUAUAUUUGUUAUAUUAAUAUUACAUUUAAUUUGAAACUAGUCUCGAAAGAAUUUAUUGUGGCAUCAUAUUGACAUUUAUGUACAUUUAUGAACGUAAUGUUAACACAGUUUCAAUUAUUUAAUGAAUUUUAUUAAUACUUAUAUUAAUUUAUUUAGGUAAUAAUUUUGUUUGUAUAUUUGUAAUUUUAAGUUACGCAGUAAAGUAUUAUCAGUAAAUAAUUAAUAAUUAAAUUAGAAUAUUUAAAGAAAAAAUAAUAUUCUGUAAGACUUGGUAAGUAGUUAGAAUUUUUUACGAUGUGAACAACGUCUCCGGCCAAAGUUGAUGACCAAAAACAUUGGUGUAUCAUUUUGUCCUUUGCAUAAUGCAAGAAAGAGAUGGCUAUAUGUUUGGCUAUCAAUUGUAUGUAGAGUUUAAAUUUAUUCUUAGUGGAAACAAGAAAAGCAAUGAUAAAAUGUAGUUAACUCCGUACUAUUGUACUCGGGGCGUUUUUGUCUUUAUCGACAAUCUUAAGGGAAGUUACACAUAACAAAAUAAUCCACUGUACUAUAAAACGCUUCGAUCAAAAAUGAAAUAUGUGGUCAUAUACCUAAACGCUUGAGUAAUUUCUUGUUGGUUUACAAUGGAAAAAUACCGUUUGAAAAUGUCAUUCGUAAGUGUAACGAACCAAAGGUAUUGGAUUAACUCUUUUUGUAAUACUUAAACAAUAUUAUUUAACUGCUGGUUAGUGAACCUCUCUUCCGCCAAAGAUUUAUUAAUCUUAAUGAUUUAAAUUUCAUCACGAAUUUCUUUAGAAUGGGGUACUUGAGUGUUUUUGUAAUCGAUUUUCUCACGUGAACAUUCUGAAGAUAUAUCUGAAAUUUGUUUUUCAAUACCUAUAGAUAAUAAAGGUCACAGGCCGACUUACACGACUCUGCUACAACACCCCUCCCUCCCCAACCCAACACCACGCUAAACUAAAACGACUGCUGGCGGUCAACUACUGAGCAGUCUGUCAGCAUGCUUCCCGCCAGCUAAUUUUAGUCGGGUGGUACCGGAGUAAGUAGUAGUGUGGUUACUACUUACUGGUGUAAGUAUAUAGUCGUUACAUGAGCCAUGUCAGGGGCCUUUGGCGGCUCAGUAAUAACCCUGACACCAGGGUUGAUGAGGUUGGUAUUCCACCUCACAACCCACACGAUAAGAAGAAGAAAUAACAGAGUAAGUGGUCGUGUAAGUUGGCCGAAGAUAGGUAUUCUAGUCUUAAUCUGCUUCGCCAGUUCGAACCAAGGCCAGUGUCCACGCGCGUGGUAUAGCCUAUCGUAUAAGCCUUAAUGUUCGACAGACUGCUCCUGUGGUAUCCCAAAUCAGUGGUGGAGGCAUUUGUACUCGUAUAGCUUGAUGGUAGCUUCUUUGGCACUAUUAACGUAUCACGCGUUCCUAUUGCCUUUUUUUUACAGCUACCUGAUUCGAAUAGCUGUAAUUAUAUAUCAACUAGUUUUUUUUACACUACUAACUAAUGUCUUUGCGUCACUUUAAAUUAGUUUUGAUUGUCGAAUCGUCGAAGUGCGCAUAUCGUAAAGUAAUACUUCGGCAUAAACUAAAUACCAAUAGUUAUAACUGGUUAUAACAUUUAUCCAGUCUUCCUUAAAAUAAACAGUCGGCGAAUACGAAAUAACGAUAAGAUGUCAGAAAAUAGCAAUAUUUAUUGCAGUACUUCCAUUCCAUGACAUUAAAAUUUAGCUUUAAGAUCAAUUCCAAUCUGAUACUGUGAAAACUUGAUAUCGAACGUGAACAGGGCCUCUAUGUAGAUUGUAGGUAAUAAAGAUGAAAUAAAUCAGUGUUAUAAUGUUAUAAAUUUUGCAAUGCUUUUUUUUACUCAUGGUAUAAGGAGAUUGAUAUUUAAAUAAUUGAAUAGACUUGUUGGGGAUACCUAUUUCAACAUAUUUUUACAAUAUAGAUAACGUAUAUUUUUUUUAAUUAUUAGGCGUUUUGUAUGGAUUACCUAUGCCUAAUAAUAUUCUUUUUAAAUGCCCGAAAAAGCCCCGUGCUUAUUAUGAUAGGCACGCAUUUAAAACUGAAAGAGACAAAUUCAUAUUCGAUAUUGAGUUUGGUUGAUUUCCUUAAUAUAAAUGUUUUAUUUAAUAUAAUCUUAUUUUAAUUUGACUUUGGUGACGAUUGUCGGCAGUCGGAACAAAUGGGUAGUUUCCAAGAUCAAAGAUAAAUUAUGAAAUUCUGAUUAUUACUUAGACAGAUCUACUCGUAAAUGUAAUAAAACUUUUUUUUUUUUCUAUUUAACUUAUUUAUGUCAUUUAGUCACGUUUUUCUAUGACGUCGCAGGUUGCUUAUUCAUACAAAUUCCAUAGUAAUUUCGUGUUUUGACGUCUAGUAAAAAGGAACUGAUUUGAGUAGUUGGAAACUACCUAUUUUAUGUGUAGGACGAAAGUAAGACAAAAGUGAUUUAGUUUUCAACCACAACAGUCCAUAUCUCCUCACUAGUUCGGCGUGAUAGUCGCUAAGAUUUCGAUAGUCCAAAUACAAUAUUGUACGACUAAUGCAGUGCUAUUGAUAUUCUGAUUUUUAAGGUAGUUUAAUAAACAGUUUCACUAUCGAUUAUAUGGCAUUGCUAUCUAAAACUAGCACUGUAUCUUACUUGCAAUAAGCGUAUAAACGACCCACGUUCUUUCUUAAUUUCCUUCCUAUAAUUUUUAGGGCUGUCACAUUUUUUUCCAAGGUUUUUACCUAUUUAAUUAUUAUCAAAGAUAAACCCACUAGUGACAACAAAUCUCAAAGUAAUAUAAUAAUGUAGAGGGUAGGUAAUUUCUAUUAUUUAUUUGUAUAUCGUCGUCUUAAAAUGAAAAAUUCGUAAGCGCCUUUUUGAAAAAUCAACAAAACCUCCAGCCGUGUUGUAGCUGAAAAUCAGCAUAUUGAUCGUGAGAGCAAAAACUUACGCUGAGCUAUGACUGAUUUGCGCUGCUGCAGCACACAUACAUACCUGGCGUGUUUAAUACAGAGCUUCGUCUCUGUUGAUUGGUUGUCUGUAUCUAAUCUUUUCUUUUUGUAUGCAUGUGUGUCUGUAGACCAAAUAAAUGUUUUUAUCUAUCUAGCCUCGAUAUGGACACCCUAGUUACUAAAAUUUUACCGAUUGAAAUUGGCGUGUCUAUCGCGAAGUUUUACAAAAUAACAUAACAUAGCGUCACGCUUGCAUCUACCUGCAACUGUGGUGUAUACACCCACUCUUCCCCAACAUUUUUUUACGAAGUGUGUUUUAUUUGCGAGGUUUCGAUAAUAAAAAUCACAACAGCAUGUAAUUUUUCAAAACUGAUCUUACAAGGUUUUCACAAUAAGAAGACGGUAUUAGGUUUUAGCUUUAACUAUACUCAGCAUAAUAUCUAGUUUCUUUAGGAAUCGAGUGCUCAAUCGUUCAAGUCGGUCUAACAAGUUUUUUAGUGUUUAAGAUAUGUACUUACAUCAUUUUAAUUUGCCAUGUAUACCUAUUGUUAUGAUUAUAUUUUGUUGUGAAUCUAAAACCAUUGAAACAAAGAUUGAGAAUUAUGUAAAAGUAAUUAUUUAAAGAUAUAUUAUCAGUACUUGACAACCCUAUACGUACACUAUAAUGAGAUUCUUGAAUUUAGUUUACCAUCCUAGUUUUUAAUAUUUUAUGGUCACAAGACUUCCCUAGCAACUUUUUGAAUUCAAUUAUUUUACAACUAUAAACUUUUAAAGUAACUUUUUGUUUUUUUUUUUUUCAAAGUUUAUUGGCGUUCUUAUUAAGCGUUCAAAGCUAAAUCAACUGUAUCGUUUUGUUUAAAAAAAUGCAUAUCCCUAGUACUCAGUAGAAUUAAGGACACAACCGAAUUCCUUGCUUGUCAUUUAAUUUAAUUUCACCAUAUUAUUAUUCUAUAUUUUUAUAUGAAAGUGAAAUUAAAUCGUGGAAAGAAUGAGAAGUCGUUUGUAUGAUAAAGUUGUUAUUAGUAACAGAUGUGAUAGGUAGGAUAUAUUUAAUAACGCUACACCACAUAAAAUAUAGUUUAGUAAAAUACGGGUUGCUUAAUUUAGGCUCCAGUCGGGCAGCCUCUUCAAAUUGCAUUACUGUAACCAUAAUAUUGUCCCCGAAUUCUGCAAACACCUAAUUUUAUUUUAAGUUACAAGUAUACCCGUUAUUUUCUUAUCCGCCGAAAAGGAAAGGAACGGAUGAUUGACAAGUGUUAAUUUUAAAAUGAAAUCUGAGUGAACGUAUUUAACCCGGGCGAAUAAAAUAAGCAUUACGCUGAUAUGCAACAAGUUUGACGUGUGUAUCUUAAAUCUAUCGGGUUACUGGCCAAUGUACCUAACAUUUAGUGAGGGUUUUUUAAAUGCCUAAAAUUGACGUGUAUUCCAUAAUUUUUACGCCUGUCACCUGGACACCAGGGUUGAUGGGGUUGGUAAUCCACCUCACAACCCACGGGAUAGAAGAAGAUGCCUGUCGAUUACCCGUCCCUUGCCUUUUCGGUGGAAAAUUACAUUUAUAACUUAAAAUAAAACUAGAUGGUGUGUUCUGGAAUCAGCACCAUUAUGAUGAUGAUUAUAAUAUAAUUGAUAUUUACUAUGUAUGUGGAGUUUGAUUAGGCAGCAAGGCAGACAGAUGUAAGCUAUACCUACAGACUAGACAUAUCAGGAAAAUGUUCUGACGGCUGUUAUUCUAUACAGGGUGUUAGUGACAUCGUAACGAAUAUACAGGGGGAUGAAGUGGAAUUUCCUGUCGGAAAAUUCAUGUUUUUUUUUUGUUUUUUUUUAAUUAUUUUCAAUACCAAACUUUUGCGACGGAAAAUUCCACUUGAUAUCAACUCAGAAUCAUGACCUGAAUCAUCCCUCAAAGUUUUCGUUACGAUGUCACUUACACCUUGUAUAUACAGCUCGGAGGGGUGUGAGUACUUAGUUCAUCUUGCGAUUGAUGUAACUACACCAAUGGCGAUAUAAUCGUGAGCUUAUAUAUAUGAGCUAUUUUUAAAGAGUUACACGACCACGUACUGAGCGACAGCUGUCAGAGCGGGGGGGGGGGGG